AUGGAGCCGCGGGCGCUCGUCACGGCGCUCAGCCUCGGCCUCAGCCUCUGCUCCCUGGGGCUGCUCGUCACGGCCAUCUUCACCGACCACUGGUACGAGACCGACCCCCGGCGCCACAAGGAGAGCUGCGAGCGCAGCCGCGCGGGCGCCGAUCCCCCGGACCAGAAGAACCGCCUGAUGCCGCUGUCGCACCUGCCGCUGCGGGACUCGCCCCCGCUGGGGCGCCGGCUGCUCCCGGGGGGCCCGGGGCGCGCCGACCCCGAGUCCUGGCGCUCGCUGUUGGGGCUCGGCGGGCUGGACGCCGAGUGCGGCCGGCCGCUCUUCGCCACCUACUCGGGCCUCUGGAGGAAGUGCUACUUCCUGGGCAUCGACCGGGACAUCGACACUCUCAUCCUGAAAGGUAUUGCACAGAGAUGCACGGCUAUCAAGUACCACUUUUCUCAGCCAAUCCGCUUACGAAACAUUCCUUUCAAUUUAACCAAGACAAUUCAGCAAGAUGAAUGGCACCUGCUUCACCUGAGAAGAAUCACCGCCGGCUUCCUGGGCAUGGCGGUGGCCGUCCUGCUCUGUGGCUGCAUCGUGGCCACGGUCAGUUUCUUCUGGGAGGAAAGCUUGACCCAACACGUGGCCGGACUCCUUUUCCUCAUGACAGGGAUAUUUUGCACCAUUUCCCUCUGCACGUACGCUGCCAGUAUUGCCUAUGAUUUGAACCGGCUCCCGAAGCUAAUUUAUAGCCUGCCUGAUGAUGUGGAACAUGGCUACAGCUGGUCCAUCUUUUGCGCCUGGUGCAGUUUAGGCUUUAUUGUGGCAGCUGGAGGUCUCUGCAUCGCUUAUCCAUUUAUUAGCCGGACCAAGAUUGCACAUCUAAAGUCUGGCAGGGACUCCACGGUAUGACUGUCCAGACUCAAGUUCACUGCUUGGUGGCCCG